AUGGGUGCUCUGAAGUAUAUUGACAGCAACUUCUAUGGGGAUAUGGAAAGUUCUUUUCCAUCACUGAAGGUUCUCGAAAUAGGUAUGGCACCAUGUUUGGAGGAAUGGACAACUGUGAAUGGUAGAGAACAGUUUCCUCUCUUAAGAUCGUUAACUAUCAAAUGUUGUCCCAAGUUGGUUAAGAUGCCAAUGCUUCAAUCUCUAAAAAAGCUAGAAAUUGGAGGAAUUAAUGUUACUUUACUUAAAUCUUUGAUGAUGAAUGCCACUAUUCUUACAUCUCUCUGGAUUAAUGAAGUUGAUGAGUUAACAGAUUUACCGGAUGGACUAUUGCAAAAUCAGAAGCACCUUGACAGCUUGACGAUUGUGUCAAGUACUCUAAAGUCUUUAUCUGAUAUGCUGGAUAAUCUAUCCACCCUUGAACACUUGGAACUUGAAAGUUGCUUACAACUUGAAAGCUUGCCUGCAGGACUACAAAAUAUCAGCUCUUUAAAAACUUUGGAUUUAAGUCAAUGUGACAGCCUUGUAUCCCUUCCAGCAAAUGGAUUGCAAGGCUUAUUGUCUUUGUCUUCAUUGAGGAUUCAAAAUUGUAAGAAAUUAGCCUCUUUAUCUGAGGGGGUGCUAUAUCUGACUUCACUCCGAAACUUGCUUAUCAAUGGAUGUCCAGAGUUAACCUCAUUGCCAGAGAGUAUCCGACAUCUGUCUUCUCUUCGAUCUCUGCGUAUUUGGAGUUGUGUGAGAUUAAUUUCUCUUCCGAAUGAGAUACAACACCUCAACUUGCUUUCGCAAUUGGAGAUUAAGUAUUGCUGUAAUUUAACGUCAUUGCCCCAAGGGGUAUGGAGCCUCACGGCACUGGAAACGCUGGAGAUUGAAGGAUGCCCUCAUCUGAAAAGGCAAUGUAAGAAAGAGAGGAGAGGAUUGACCCAACAUAACCCACAUUCCGUUCAUUGAAGUUAUGUCUAAAGAAGAAUGCUUUGGAACCUGUCUAUCGGCUAUCUCUUAAGUCUUGCAAUUAUCAAAUAACAUUCAAGAAUUAUGAGAAAGGAUUUUAGCAUUGCACUUUUGUGAAUAAGACAUCUGCAAUAUCAUUCAUUCAUCCAUUUCUGUUAAUAAUGUUCCCUACUAUCCAGAGUUCAUUGGACAUUCGCAAAUGGUUUGAUUUGAUGAAUUUAGGAUUUGGUUGUCUAAA